UCCAGUGCGUUUCGUGUAAAUUCAGUUACUCUGAAAGUGCUUUCAAUUUAGGCCGUGAAGCACGUGCUUUACUUUGUGAAAUGGUGUCCUGUUCUUGGUGGAUUUGCUCGGUUCAUGAAGACUUGCUAUGGUGGUGAAAGAAUGUGAACAGUGCUUUGAUUUUUUUUCACUUUGCUUUCGCACAGUUUCGUGAAGUCGGGAAAGACCUGUUGUGGUGGGCGUUGUGCGCUGAAGGAAUUCGUGCAGUGUUUAGUGUUAAGUGCCGGCUUUCGUGCAGUUGUGUGGUCCAGGGAGGCGUGCUGUGUGGAUUCUUGGCAUCGCUUGGGUCCUGUGCGGAGUCUGCAGCGGCGUGCGGAACGGUUGGCCAUCACCGCAGAAUCAAACCACCUUAUCUGCUGGUUGGCUACUUUUAUGAAUCUGUUGGAAGCGGAUUGAACCAUCUUCACUUCGCAAAAGUAGUGUCAACGUGGAUUCCCUCGGCAGCGACUGCGCGCUCGCAUCGAAAAUUACGAGGAGAUGAGAAGGAAAUGACGACUUUGGAAGUGUUCACGAUUUUUUUCAGGUAUCCGUAAAAUAUCGGAUAAUUUGCUUCGACAGAAACUUCUUUGCCCGAGAACUGGCUGGGAAUCUUUCGUGUAGAGUUUGCAGUUUCGAUGUUAAAUACUUUGUAUAUUUUUGACAAUUUAAAUGGUCAUCUUUAACCUGAAUUGUGCGACAAAUUAUACUUUUCUUGCUACAACUAAUGUAUUGAUUUUGUUCUUAGUCCUAAACUGCCUCUCCUUUCAACUUCAACACAAAUGUUGAAAUUAUCC